CCCUAGAAAAAAAAAAAAAAACCACCUCGUGUCUUUCCUUUCCCUCUCUCUCGCCAAUCCAUGUAUCCGCCGCCACCGUCGACGGCGACGAAUUCCUCCUCCUCCAAGACACCGCCCGGGCUGACGCGGUACGGCUCCGCCCCCGGGUCGUUCCUCACCAAGGCGGUCGACUCGGUCAUCGGCGCCGACGAGGGCCGUCGGUUCUACGCCGCCAAUAAUACCGGCAACAACAACAACAGCAAGUACUUCUCCGGCGGAGGCGAGUCGUUCUCGUCUUCCCAGCUGACCUCCGAGUCAGGCUGCCGAGUCAACUCGUCCGUCGACCAUAAAUCACCCGGUGGUGGUGAUCGGGUCAAGAGAUCCGACGUAUCGAACGCCAUGGCUCCGCCGCCGUCGUUGCUGCGGCAGAAGAGCUCUCCCGCCGGGUUCCUCUCCAAUCUCGUUUCCGAAAGCGGUCGAUGGCUCGUAUACGUAUCAUAGGUUGAACUCGCACUACAAGAAAACUCACUUUCAGCGACGAAAUAAGUCGUCGCUAAAAGGCCAAAAAGUCGUCGCAAAAGGGAUCACCGACGAAAAAUGGCGUCGCAAAAGAUGGUUAAGAGUCGUCGCGUAUACAGCGUCGCAGAAAGAUCUGCGACGGAAAUAUCUUGCUUCGUCGCGAAAGAACAUAGUCGUCGCUGAAAAUUUGAUACUUCAGCAACGAAAACGUCGUCGCCGAAGAUACAUCUUGCGACGACUCUAUGCCGUUGCAGAAAGGGAACUUUUUUGCGACGAAAUGGUCGUCGCAGAAAUUUACAUUUCCCGACGGAGUACACCGUCGCAGUAGGUUUCGGAUAAUCUGCGACGAUGGAUUUCAUCGCCAUUACCAUUCGUUCCAGCGACGAAUAUACUUUGUUGUCGCGAAAUAGUCGUAUCUGCGAUGGGCGGUUUCGUUGCAGAUUGCAUCUUUCUGCGACGGGUGAGUUCAUUGCAGAUUGUAAAACCUUUCUGCGACGAUGAUUGGUCGUUGCUAAUGUUAAUG